UCUAAUAAGUAUUUUUGAAAAAUUUAAACGCAGAAUGAAAGAUUACUUUAUCACCGAGGGCCGAAAGUCCCUUAGAAUGAAUAUUCCAUAGGGUGAUGCGAACUUUGAAAAAAAAAAGACAGUUUAAUUCGUACACCCGGUAUAUAUACAAUGAAAAUUUACUUAUUUAGCAACAAUAUUAUUACAGGGGUAUUGUUAAAGAAUCAGGCUAUAACAUAUUAAAAAAUCAAUUUAAAUCGGCCAACAGGUUCGGGAAAUACGAGACAUCAAAAAUGACCAAAUUUUUGAGUGGGCUGAUUUCUAUGCACGCAAGUUUAUAUAAAUUUCUUUAAGUUUGGUAUUUUACAUACGGCAUACCUACUUAUAAUUUUUGUUUUUGUAGAUGCCAAGCCGUUGCUGUGUGCCAGAGUGCAAAAGCAAUUACGAUAGCAGUCUUAAAAAGAAUGAACAACCAGAAAGCACUUUUUUAUUUCCAAAGGAUCCAAAGCUGCGAGAACUUUGUUUACAGUGUAUCCACAGGAAAAAUUUUGUUAUUGGAACAUCAGCGGUAGUAUGUGCCAAACAUUUUUAUUCUGAUGACAUCGAGAGAGUUAGAGAAUGGGUAGAUAAGGAAGGCAACAAACAUGUAGAGAAAUUAACGAAUCCUAAGUUAAAACCUUCUGCAGUUCCUCGCGGAAAGUGCGAAAAACUUUAAAAGGAAAGGAACAAAAUGCAAAAUUUUGACGCCUGUCAAAAUUUUCAGUGUAUUUUAAAUGCAAUGAUUUUUUCGAAUUCUGAGAAAACUAAUAAGUAUUUUUGAAAAAUUUAAACGCUGAAUGAAAGAUUACUUUAUUACCGAGGGCCGAAAGUCCCUUAGAAUGAAUGAAAGGUUGUUUUUGAAUGACAUAUUUGAAACUAAAAAUCACACUAAAUUUUCUUAAUUUUUCGCCCCUGUAACUUAUUAAAAUAAACAUAGAAGUUUUCAGGGACUUUCGGCCCUCGGUCCUAACGUAAUCUUUCAUUCUGCGUUUAAAUUUUUGAAAAAUACUCAUUAGUUUUCUUAGGAUUCGAAAAAAAUUAAUCCCAUGUAUAUUCUUGUUAUUGGUUUUUUUUUGUAUAAUAAACGUUACUUACAAGGAA